CUUGUUAAUUGUCAAUGAAAGGAAACAAAAAGAGUUUAAUUUAUUAGUUUCAUGAUUAACAUUCAAUUCAUUUCGUUCAAUUGAUUCUCUUUAAUAUUCUAAUUCAAUUCAUUUUCAUCUUCACUUUAUUUUCUUCACAAAUUCAUCAGAAUGGUUAACUACAAAGAGGAUCAAGUCGCUGAAUAUCAAGAAGCCUUCUCUCUCUUUGAUAAUCGAGGCGAUGGAAAAAUCAAUGUUUCCCAAUUAGGUGAUGUUCUCAGAGCAUUGGGUCAAAAUCCAACUGAAGCCGAAGUAAAGAAAUGUUGUAAUCAACUAAGACCUGAUGAUAGAAUUGGUUUUGAUGUUUUCCUUCCGAUCCUUCAAACUGUCUCCAAGAAUCGAUGUACCGACACAGCCGAAGAUUUCAUUGAAGGCUUACGACACUUCGAUAAGGAUGGAAGUGGUGUCAUUAGUUCAGCUGAAUUGCGACACUUACUUACUACUUUGGGUGAAAAACUUCUAGAUGAUGAAGUUGAACAACUUUUAGCUGGUCAAGAGGAUUCACAGGGUAACAUUCAUUACGAAGAGUUUGUUAAAACCGUAAUGAGUGGAUAAUCAAAGGAUCACAUGAACAAUCAAUGAUCUAAAAUCAUUCCAAACGCUUAUUGCUUUCCUCUAAUCAUAAUUCAUCCUAAAAUAUAAUCUCUCCUAAUCCAAUCAAAUAAACAGCACUCGCUUCCUCCCUUACCUAUCCGGUUGUUUUCUCCAACUUGUUGCCGUUCUCAAAGUAUUAUAAAAAUUACUUUCGCCGCAAAUGCACAACUAAUCAAUAAUAAUUAUUUUGAUUCGA